AUACAAACGUGCUCGGGUUCUUCUUUAUUUUUGACACGAACCGAAAGCACUUCCUUGUUCCGAGAGGCUAAGGAGAAGGAUAAAUAAGUUGAAGAUGGCUCAGACGCUUCUGUCACAUCGAAUCUGGAUGCUUUCUACGAAAGCUGUUCGCUGUCUUCCUGCCUCGACAGCCUCCAUCUCCUCCUCUUUUUCCCAUGGUUGCUCUUCAUAUUCCACCUCCAUGCCAUCUCGGGUCUCUUUCCUCUCUCCUUCACACACUUUGUUUCGCUCCCUUCCUCACAAUUUCUGCCGCCAAAUCUCCUUCAGUAUUCAGGACAACGAUGACUUCAGGGACAGGGUCAUCAACAGUGAUCUGCCCGUGCUCAUUGACUUCCAUGCAGAGUGGUGUGGUCCCUGUAGGCUCCUUGGACCAAGGUUGGAGAAAGCUAUUGCAAAACAGGAAGGUCGUGUUGCUAUGGCAAAAGUUGACAUUGACGAUCACACAGACUUGGCUCUUGAAUAUGGUGUGUCUGCUGUUCCAACAGUCAUCGCCAUGCGGGGAGGCAACAUUGUUGACAAAUUUGUGGGGAUGAAAGACCAAGACCAGCUGGACUCAUUUAUCAGCAAGCUCAUUGGAAAAUAAAUGAGCUGUCUCCGCCCUGUAUUUCCCCAUCAUAACUGUGAUAUUUUGUAUAACAUUCAAAAAGUCCAUAGCUGCCAUUUUGUCCCCAUUUACUAGCAUCAAGAAAAUUUGCAAAAGACUGCAGUUAUCGAAGCUGUAAAACCCUUAAAGGAAACCUCCAGGAUUUUUCAACCUGGACCCUAUUUUUUUAGGUUUUUGGGUUAAACAUUUCACUCCGGACAAAAACAAUUUUAAUCAUUCCCACUAAGUAGUUGAAACUAUCUGGUCACUUGGAGAGGAUCCUGACGGAGUUACAUGUGUACAUAUUUACCUUGAGAAAUGAAUAGAAGAUUUAAAAAAAGAAAAUAAUCAUACAGUGAGCAUCUUACUGUAGGUCGUCUUCGGUUUUGGUGACACUGGUCUGCCUCGUGUCAUUACAUGUUGAAUAUCAGUGAGGGGCUUGUUCUUUCGCUUACUGAGGUCAACAUUCACAUUUGUGUCCCUGUAGGGAUCCUCUCCAUGCUACCAAACAUUUCUAAUGACAUUUUUAUCUGUACUGUACUGCCAAGAAGUCGCGCGCUGUGAUUUCUUAACCUUGCCCCCUUUGUGCACAUGGUACAGUUCUUUAGCCUUUGACAGUGUUGGCAUUCAAAAUCAGUACUGGAACAGUUGACACUAUUUUUCUUUGAACCUACAAACAUCGCCCAAUAGAACCCAGGUUAAGAAAUUGCAGAGUUGCCCUUUAAGAUCCCCACGCCCAUCUCUGCACAUUGCUUCUGCUGCAUAUCCUUUUGUCUAGCAAUAGAUGUUUGUCCUCAUUUGGCCUCAGAUAAUUUGCGCAGCCUUUUGCAACAGUUCCCAUUUAGUGCGACACACUAGUCAAAGUGACAGAGCAGCUGAGCCGGUCUGUCAGUUUGUUGUAAGAGUGUGUAGAGUGUAAAACUGACCCUGGUGUUUAGCACUUUGCACUGUACAACAUGAGGCAUGAACAUUUGCAGCUUAAUGUGUGAAGAAUAGAACUUGGAAUGAGGUUCCACGCUGUCUGUAGUUCCCGCUUUGGUCCACAUGGGGGAGACGUGUUUUAAACUAUCCUAAAGUCUCAUGGUCAUUUUGCCCCUUCGUUCAUGUUAGCACAAACAGUGCACAUGCUUUUCUGUAUGCGUGUCUUUGGGUUCUGACUGGAAGGCAGGACAACUAGGAAUGGCAAAUAUGAGAUUGAUUUAGUUUAUCACAACUGAACUCUAUGUACCAGUAUGAUGACCAAGUGAUGUAAUAAAGGAGUUUAAACAUCUGUA